AUGCAGGAUCUCAUCACCAAACUGUACGAAAGCGGCAGGGACACGCUCGCCACCGAGCUAGAAGCACUGCAGGCCAUCUACGGUCCCGAAGCCCUGUGUCAAUUCGGCGAAGAGGGGCGGGAGAAUCAAGCGGAUGACGAGCCGGGGACGAUCCGGAUAGUAGUGGGAGCAAACCUUCUCGAACCACACGACGAAAUCGGCAUCGAUAUUCUUAUAUCACUCCCUCAAGCAUACCCACACACAGCCGCGCCGCAGAUGCAACUCCUGUCGAAAUACAUAGGCUCCCACGGCGUGGACUCCUCCCUCUUCGGUCAGAUCCUCCGUUCAUUCAUAUCCCAGACGGGCGGGGCUGAGUGGGUACAAGGCGAGGCUGCCAUCUAUAACGGUGUAGAAGACGCGCGCGAGAAAUGCACGAAAUGGUACGAGGAUCUCACUAAUAGAGUCGUUGUUGGCGAGUUGCAAAGAGAGGAGGAGCGCGAGGUCAGAUUAGCCACUAAUCCUCAACUUAUUGCUCAGGAGAGACAAUUGGAGGAAGAUGCGGCGUUUGCUGCUUCUCUAGAACAUCAACUCGAUGGUCUGCCUGAUGGACUCGAAAUCGUUACUACACCUUCUGUUACUUACUCCAAAUCUACUUUCGCUGGCCAUUGCGUUCGCAUCUCUUCACAUACACAGGUACCACUCAUUCUGGGCCAUUUGCAGAACGAUAGAAAAAUUGCUCGUGCUACUCAUCCCGUUAUCAAUGCUUGGAGAUUCAGAUCCCCUGAUGGUGUCCAGCAUCAAGAUAAUGAUGACGACGGCGAAUCUGCUGCAGGCAAUCGUAUUGCGCACCUUUUGUCUAUUUUGGAUGUAAACAACGUUCUAGUUGUUGUAACGAGAUGGUAUGGUGGUGUUCAUCUUGGCGCUGAUCGCUUCAAGUACAUCAAUCAGGUUGCGCGCGAAGCUAUGGACUUGGCCGGUGUGCUGAACGACGAUGAAGAAAUGAGUGUCGGAGGCAAAAAAGCCAAAGACAUAUCGCGCAAGAAGAAGUGA